AUGGCUACCACAAGCUCCGCCCCCGUCUUCACCCCUGACGGCUCCUUGUCCCCCCAGUUGGUUGAGUAUCUGGAGGCUAUGGAGGAACGCAUUGUUUCUCGCCUACUCGCCGCGCUCCGCCCGACGUAUGAGGCUGGCGCGCCGGAGCAGACGCUCGCUAAGAUGGUACCGGUCGUCGUUGCUUCAGUCCAGGACGCGAUGAGCGCCGCGCAACUACCAACGGACAACAACACCAGACCUCGCGAGUCUUCUAGCAAGCAGACACAUUCCCGCUCUGCCGCUAUCACACCGCGACACUCCCAGCAGUACAAGGACGUCACCCAGAACCCAAAAUGCACGUUCCAAGAACUGUGUACCGCCUUCAAAGUGUUGAAGCCUCACCAAACCUUUGACGAGUACUAUCUGGACGUCGCGAGCAAGAAGCCGCUUCCUUCACUUUCGAAAGCUGAAGAGCACAUACUUCUCCAUGCACCCCGCGUCGUAUCCGUUCUCGAUUACGCCAGUAAUAUUCCUCUACCCGACAUCACCAGCGACGAGGAAUUCUCCGACGAUUCGUCUGACAAUUCGUCCGACGAUGUGUCUAUAUUCUCGUCGGUCAGCAGCUGUAGCACAUUCACCACAGAGGCGCCAAUGUCUCCUGAGUUUGACCAAGCCAUUGAAAGAGUAGAAGACUCCACCGAACUACACGACGUUGUCGGUGACGACAACAGCACUCCUGCUGAAGUCAAAGCGCCUAUUGAUGCAGUCUCGGCAGAGCCAUCAACCACUAUCGAGCCUACAAGGCCCCCCCAGAGUAACGACGGCGCGAUAGAUCCGCCCGUUACCGAAUACAACAACGAGGACGGCAACGAUAACAACGGCACCGUCCACGUUGCCGCCGCCGGUGUACGUGAGAACCAGCCCAACACUCAUCAACAGACACACUCGACAGAUAUCACAGACUGCGAUGUCAGUACUAGUGAGCUGUCGAUCGUCCUUGGAGCAGCAUCGCAAACCGAAGCGAUGGAAGUCUGCAUCCCAGAACCUGCUCCUUCUCGUCCGGUCGACUCUCAAAACACGCGGCCAGAGUUCAGCCAGACCAUGGACGGGAUAGAGUCACCACCAGCUCCUCGCGAUACUUCCGGUACUGAACAGGACGGUAUGGAUGAUAUUCAAGUCACCAGCCGCGUGGAUACCGAGGAGCAGAACAUGGUCGACGCGCCUCCGCCUGAGAGCACUACUGAAUCACGAGCGAGAAUCAGGGCCCAGGCAAACACAAGAAACCACUGGUCGAACGGCAAAGCCGAAUUUCUACUAGCACUAUUUCCUGAUCUUCACGUCAUUCUGAAACAAGCACAUCCACAGAUGGUGCAGGAGAAGCAGCAAAAUCGAAUUCGGGACGAGAUUUUCGACCAUAUCGGCGAAGCAGAGUCUGCGAGAGGGCUGGCCAAUGACCUUGACUUCGCCAUGAAGAACAGUCUGAUGACUAAUGCAGAAUACAACAGGGUGAAAGAAUAUGCCCAAAAGGUUGCUAAGAGCAAUCAUGUUGGCGCCUCCCAGACUGCUGCCAGCAGUAUCGCGCAGUCAGCUAGUCUCCCCGCUCCUCCUGAGACUUCGAUCAAAGACCAAUUCAUCGGACUGCUGAUCGAGGCGCGCAGAAAGAUGAUGAACAAGAACGAGCAAAACAAACUCAAUUCUGCCUCAGACAUGUUUGAAGGCCAGUUUAACAUCUCAUUUGAGAAAUCAUCAGACAUCGAAGUCAUGAUGGAUUAUCUUACCAAACAAUCCCGGUUCCAGGCUUGCGACAGCAAUGGCAAGCCGAUGAUAGACGUCGAAAAGACCGUCCAAAUUACACAAGCUCGCGUCGAAGACGUGAGUCCCCUUGGAAGCGAAGAGAUUAUCUGGAGGUGUAUGGAAGCUUUGGCCGCUCAGGAUCUGAAGGCUGAGAAUGAAGCCCUCUCUGAUAAGAUCAGCUGCGCUAUUCGUCAGAGGCAUCUUCAGGAACUCUUCGAACGUAUCGCAGAAAGGAAUUUUGGGUUGUACACCGCGAAGAACAUUCAAGGUGGCCUGACCUGGGACGAGAUGAAGGAUCUUGCGAAGAAGGAGGAGCGCCACUACUUUGAGCUCCACCACUACAAUCGGUCGAGGCGGAACAACCUAUCAACUUACCGGGAACAUAUGGAUAACAAGAUGAAGUAUUGGGGCCACAGGGACAACAUGAGAAACGAGAUUACUCGUCGAAGGGCCGCUCAGAACCAGGCUCUAGGCCAACCCCCUGUCACAGAUCCCGUUGGUGGGGUAGACACAACGGCUCCCUUUAAGGGAAAGCGCAGCAUUGCUGACAUCCCGCACGAUGACAAUGCGCAAGUCCAGAAGCGGUUGCGAGAAGAGCCCGCUGAGCCUACUGAAGAGCAGGAGCGUGCUGAGAUGAGGAAGAGGAGUGCACGAGGGGCCGCUGACUCUGAGAGCAGCGAGCGCGUAAAACGGAGUCGUGAUUGA